AUGCCGGAGAAGGUGCACACGUUCUUUGCUGAUUCGGAUGACGAGCGCGUCGAAAAGACCGCACCACCACCAGCCGACGACGGUGGCCGCAAGAAGAAAAGAAACAAGAAACGGAAACGCGACGAGCCCGCCGACCAUCCUCAUGUCCCCGAAGGCCCCCAAGAUCCAAUUGAGGUGCCAGAAAAGCCUGUGCUCGAGAGCCAACCCGAGAAUGUAUCUCCUGCAGCGCCAGUCCCGGAAUCAAAGCCGAAAUCGAGACCCCAGACCAAAAGCAAGGCGAAACCUUUGAACGAAACCAAAACCAACUUCUCAUCCCUACGCGAAAAGGCAAAGGCGCUCUACGAAACCCGACGGAAACUUCCCAUUUUCGCGCAUGCCGAUGAUAUCCGACAGAAGCUGCGAGACGACGAUGUGAUGCUCCUGGUGGGAGAAACGGGUAGCGGCAAGAGUACCCAGAUCCCGCAGUUCCUCGUCAACGAGUUCUGGUGCCGACCGACACCAACAAAAAUCACACAAGACGAUGGUACACAGAAGGAAAUUUCGGUCGGGGGCUGUAUUGCCAUUACGCAGCCGCGACGAGUCGCUGCGAUUUCCCUGGCUCGUCGCGUGGCCGAGGAAAUGGGUACGCCGCUUGGUUCCUCGUCUCCUGCGAGCAAGGUUGGCUACUCGGUUCGGUUUGAUACGUCGACGUCGCCGAGUACGCGGAUCAAAUUUCUGACCGAGGGUAUGCUCUUGCAGGAGAUGCUGCAUGACCCGUGGUUGACCCGGUACAGCGCGGUCGUGGUGGAUGAGGUGCACGAACGAGGUGUCAAUGUCGAUUUGGUGCUUGGGUUUUUGCGCAACCUAGUGUCAGGAACCAAGGAGGGUCGUGGCAGUGUACCACUGAAAGUGGCAGUCAUGAGUGCUACGGCAGAUAUGGAGAGUCUGCUGGGCUUCUUCCGAGAGGGAUACAGCCUCCCGAGUCAAGAACAGAAGACCAAAUCCAACGGGUCAGAGGCCAUGCAAAGCAAAGAUGGAGACUCGCGUGAUAUCUCGGUCUGUCAUAUCAAGGGCCGACAAUUCCCUGUUAAAACUAUCUACUCCCCGGAGCCAGUUCAUGACUUUGUGGAUGCGGCGCUUAAGGUGAUCUUUCAGAUUCACUACAAGGAACCAAUGCCUGGCGACAUUUUGGUUUUCUUAACUGGUCAAGAGACUGUGGAAGCUCUGGAACAUCUCGUCAAUGAAUAUGCUAUGGGAAUGGAUCCCGCACUACCGCGCAUUCAAGUGCUACCGCUGUUUGCAGCUCUUCCUCAAGCGGCCCAGCAGCGUGUUUUCGCUCCGGCACCACCCCGGACGCGCAAAGUUGUGCUUUCAACCAACAUUGCUGAAACCUCGGUGACAGUAUCGGGAAUGCGGUAUGUGGUGGACUGCGGCAAGGCGAAAGUGAAGCAGUUCCGUACACGGCUCGGUCUGGACUCGCUGCUCGUCAAGCCUAUCUCCAAGUCAGCAGCAAUCCAGCGAAAAGGUCGUGCAGGUCGUGAGGCGCCUGGCCAGUGCUUUCGCUUGUACACAGAGAAAGACUACUUGGCUCUGGAUGAGACAAACACGCCUGAGAUUCUGCGAUGUGAUCUCAGCCAAGCCUUGCUGAACAUGAAGGCGCGCGGCGUUGACGAUAUUGUCCGGUUUCCAUUCCUGACGCGCCCGCCGCGAGAAGCGCUCGAAAAGGCCUUGCUCCAGCUGCUGAAUAUCGAGGCCCUCGACGAAUCCGGGUCGAUCAGCGACGUGGGCUUACAUAUCGCCAAGCUGCCCUUGACGCCGACGCUGGGACGGGUGCUGUUGGCUGCCGCUGACAACGGCGUGGAGUGCCUGAGCGACGUCAUCGACAUUAUUUCCUGUCUCAGUGUGGAGAAUAUCUUCCUCAACACCAAUUCCGAAGAGAAGAAAGAGGCUGCCGAAACAGCGCGACGCGACUUAUUUAGACGCGAGGGCGACCAUCUCACGAUGCUGGCAACAGCGCAGGCCUACGCCACCGAGAAUACCGACCGAAAGGCUUGGGCAGAGCGGCACUUGGUAUCGCACCGGGCGAUGCAGUCGGUGAUGGAUGUUCGCAAACAACUGCGUAUGCAAUGCCGCCAAUCCAAGCUUCUUCCCAGCGACGACCGUCGGACCAACGCCUCGCGCGAACCUUCGCCUGUUCUCAUUUUGCAGAGUUUCCUUCGUGGCUUUGCGACCAACACUGCCCGUCUGGUGCCCGACGGCAGCUACCGCACUGUCGUGGGCAACCAGACCGUCGCCAUCCACCCGUCGAGUGUUUUGUUCAGCAAGAAAGUAGAGGCGAUCAUGUACAACGAGUUUGUGUUUACCAACCGCAGUUAUGCGCGGGGAGUCAGUGCGGUACAGAUGGACUGGGUGGGGGAGGCCUUGGCAGGCUGA